GAUCGCACUCUGAUUCUCAAUACCCAACGCAGUGUCCCUAAACCUUGACUAUUACCAGCGAAGGCCGACACCGUACUUGCGAGCCCCUACGAUGAGUUGAUGUUGAACUCCGGGGAGUUUACAGUGCCAUCGACAGGGCAAGAUACCGAGUGCAUCACGAGGAUCUACGUCUCGUUCAAGACUCCAUGUGCAAUGGUCAGCGUUCGUUCACCCUCAAUGCUGCUGGCGCCGCUCACAGCCCAUUUAGGGCGCAGAAGCUGGAACAUUCCCGAACACGUCUUCAUUUUACGUUCGUCCCGAGCGACGCAAACACUACCGCACUCCCGCAUUGGCGUAGCGCUGCCCGAUGCGUUCGAUACCCUUCGACCCGAGUUCCACUCUCCCAGAAGGUCGCGAGCCCGCCGCUCCCGCAGAGCAGGAACUGGAGAGAAGACGCAUGUGUCGGGACAGAACGAUGAGUGUCUCCGUUACCCGGACCAUGAAGGGCGAAGCGGCCUUCUUCCAAUGGAAAGGUGGCCUCGUGGACGGCGCGCUGGCAGACAACGUCGACUUUCCUGAUUUACUACUGUGGCCGACAGGCACGUGGUUGCAAGCUCGACUUCCCUGUGGGAGAUAUACUGGGAAAAAAGGACGAAUGAUUAGACGGAGGUGAGGAUCCGUAUUUGGCGUGGACAUUAUUCCCCUUCGUUGUGUUUGCAUGCGGGCAUGCGGCUUGUACUGUACUGUAGGUGACGCACACCAUCAACAAGAUUGGUCACCGACACUGGACCUCGGGCACUCUUUAACACGCACAGUCUCAUGAUCAGCUUCAGACAUCGCAAAGCGAUUAUCGACCUGAGCUCGACAGCAUGUCAAAUCAGUAUCACGCGCCCCCCGGGACAUUGCGUAUAUUGCAGAGGAGUAAAUGGUACAAAUCGUAACGCUUACCAGCAUUCCCUCACCGGUUAGUGAUUUCAGUCUUGUUGUAACGCGCCACGGCCUACCAAUGGCCCGAAGGGAGCCCAAGC